AAGGGAGGCUUAUGAAAUAAGGGAGUAAAAAGUGAGGAUGAAAUGUACUUUCUCUUCUAUUUGCCUAAUUCACUUCAACGGUUAACUUGAGUUUAUUCUUUACAAAAAAGAUAUGGUUUUUACAUAGAUGCAAAAAUCCAUGCUUACCAACAAUUUGGUCCCUAUGGGCAAUAAUAAUACAAGGAUCUAGAGAUCUUGAAAGGGCCCUUUUAGUUUUCUUGAAAAAAAAAAAAAAGGGCCCUUUUUGGAGCACAAAAGUGUGAGAUUUCACAAUUUUUUUAACUUUUUUUGGAGGAUGAAAGAGCUGAUGGGUAGUCCAGGAAGUGUGAGUGGAUUGUUAUUGAGACUUGGUCAAUGUUUAUUUGCUGUUGGCUCAAUUGGUGUCAUGGUUUCUGCUUCUGGAUUCUCUAAUUACACUGCUUUUUGCUAUUUAAUUGCAUCAAUGGGGCUUCAAGUGUUGUGGAGCUUUGGACUUGCAUGUCUUGAUGUGUAUGCUUUAAGGAUAAAACAGGAUCUUCAAAAUCCAGUCUUAGUGAGCCUUUUUGUUGUUGGAGACUGGGUGACAGCGACCUUAUCACUUGCAGCUGCAUGCUCAUCAGCAGGGAUUGUUGUUCUGUAUUCAAAAGAUUUACACUUUUGCGGUAGGUCAUCGCAUCUUCCAUGUGGAAGAUUUGAGCUCUCUGUUGUCUUUGCAUUCAUAACCUGGUUUCUUAUAGCCAUUUCUUCCCAUGUCAUGUUUUGGAUCCUAGCCACAGUUUAACAUUUUGAGCAUUGGUUGCCCUCUGAAGAUUACUUCAGUCAUCAAGACCUCCAAGGACGGGUCACACCUGUAUGUAACUUCAUACCUCAGCAGUCAUCGUAGAAUUUCUUCUGAACUGAUUGAUUGAUUGGAACAUUUGGGGUUAACAAUCGAACUCUAUUGAGUUCCAUUUUGAUUCGAGUGUAAAUUAUAAUGUUCAGGUUUACUGAGAAUCUUGAUAGUUUCAGUUUAUCCAUGAUCUGGACAUUUGAAAAUCAAAAGUUUAAUGACAUUCAACACUGUGCAAAGGCACAUUUUGUAGUUUUCCAGUUU